UCUCCUGUAUUUCUCUCUCACAGUUCGUCACUUAGGGUUUACCAAUGGCGGAGUCGAAGGAAAUCUCUAAGAAGCGUAAACGAUCAUCCCUUCCGACAACACAUUCCUUAAUGGGAAUCUUAACUCGCAGCAAAUCCCAAAUAUAUCUUCACCGUAACCGAUCAGGCCAAUCCCGACCGGACUCAACCCGCGGCAGAAACCACCAGGAUCUGCAACCCGUCGCCAGAAAACGGAAAAAUGGCUCUCCAGAUGAAGAUUCAUCCGUGGGCUGUGAUUUAUCUUCCGUUUCCAUCAAAGAUCUCCGCUUAAGACGUGUCUUCUCUCCCUCUUCCACUGACGGGGUAAUUCGUAACUGUUUGGAUGAUGCUGAGAAUCUGCGAAAGAGUGAGGUUGCUGGGAAUUGUUUGGGUGGAAGUAAAGAAGCGCGUGAAAAUGGGGAUUUUCAAAAGUUGGAUUUGUCGAAUGAGGAUUUUGUGCAGUCAACCCCACCAGAUGCUGAGAUCUUUGGUGGUAAUCAAGGGGUUGAAAGAAAUGGAAGUUACUUUUCAGGUCAAGUCUUAGAGAAGGAGCCAAGUGAAAGCCUGCAGAAACAUGAUGGAUGCACGAGAAAGUGCGUUCACGAGGAGAGAAAUGGCAUAAAUGAUUCAAUCAAAUCAGUUUUGAAACCAUGUUCUCGUGUCAAGCUUUUCAAAACGCCAGGCUCAUUCAGCUACAGAAGAUUGCUUCCUUAUUUGAUGGAUAUGGGAAAAGAUUAUUCUCGUUCCCCAACAACGGGGCGUUGUCAAAAAACUGAGAAGGGUUUGGAAGAGAAGCAAUUCUUGGCUUCAAACUGUCAAGAAACAUUGGCAGAUAAAUCUCAGACAAAUGGCUGCACCAUGGAGGAUCAUAACAGUGGUUCUAGUAAGGAGUUGAACACGAAAUUAGUUGAGUCCCUCACCUCACUGGACAAUGAGUGUUCCUCAACACCAUUUGAUAAUGGGGAGAUUCAGAAACUUGAGUUACAAGUUUCUUUUGAAGACCAGAAUUUGAAUUGCUCAAAACAUGAUUCAACUUCAACUAUAGAUGAUUCUCCUUUGAACAAGGAAAAGUUAAUUGGUGUGGUUUCUAGUGAUAAAAUGAUGGUGGAUGACGGUGAGGUUACAAAAACUAAUGUUGAAUCUCCUUGUGAUGCUCAAAGUCUAGAUGCUUUGGAUCAGACAUUGUCUACAGUUAGCAAUAAGUGUGAAUCUUAUGAUUAUGAUGAAGUUAGACAAAAUUCUAAUGAUGACACAAAGCAGUUUGAGGUUGAAGGGAUGUCAAAAGCUACCAUUUGUCAUUCUUUUGAAGCUCAGCACCUGAAUUCUGUGAAUCCUUUGUCUGAAGUGGGAGGAAACAGAAAUUGCAGUUUACAGCAGAGAGUUGACAAUGACGGUGAAGUCCUGGAACAAGUUGAAGACUUGAAUGGAGAAUGUAUGUUGAUGACACCACCAGAUUCUGACAUGUCUUUUAAACAUGAAACUGAUGAUAGCAGAUGGAACAGAUUGGAUUGUGUUUCACAAGGCAUGAAUCAUGUUAUUGAAAAGUCAGCAAAUGAAACCUUACACAGAAAUAGCAGUCAAGGUAGGGAUAAAAGCCUAGACUCAAGUCCUAAGAACAAGAUGGUUCCAAACCCACGCUUGCAUCUGAAGUUAUCUAAAAUUCCUGGCUCAUUCAGUUAUAGAAGAUUGCUUCCAUUUUUGAUCGACAUGAGAAAUGAUUUCUCAUGUGCUUCUGGAAAUGAUCAGUCACUGAAAGUUGAGAAGAGUUCCAAAGAAAAGGCACAUUCACCAUUAUUUACUUCUGGCAAAGAGAUAUGCAUGGAAACUUUCAAUGGCAAAAGUUGUUCUGAAGAGCAUUAUGCUGGUGAUGAUAGUAUGCUGCUAGUGGCUGCAGCAACUACUCCGAGAUGUUCAUCUAACCAGAAACUGACACAAUCACCUCCUAAACAAGUAGCUGAUUCCUCAAUGAUAACGGAUACACAACAGGAACAUGGAUUACUUGUUAAUCAUGCUGCAUUGGAUACAAAUCAGAAGUUAGAAACUAGCCCUCAAAAUGUGGUUGAGCCACUGAGCUGUCUCAACAAUUUUGGAUUAUUUCCAAGAGACGAAGGUGCUAAAUCAGUGUCUCAUCAGUUACCUCUUGAAACUGAAGAGGACUGUGUAAAGUCUACUGUGAAAUGUGCAACCAAUAAAAUGCAAAGUGAAGCUAUUGUUGAAGCCUCUAUUCCUCCUGUAAUUCCUGCUGCUGGUUUCAGAAAGGGAAUCCUUAAAAGAAAUCCACAUGGAUGCAGAGGUCUUUGUACCUGUCUGAACUGUUCUUCUUUUCGGCUACAUGCAGAGAGGUCAUAUGAAUUUUCAAGAAAUCAGAUGCAAGAUGCUGAAGAAGUGGCCUUAGAUUUGAUUAAAGAAUUAUCGAACCUACGGAAUAUGUUGGAAAAAUCUGCUAAAGAUCAGACAAGUAUUUGCAUCAAUCAGGUUAAAGAAGCUUGCAAGGAAGCCUCUGAAGCUGAAGAACUUGCCAGAACUCGUCUCUGCGAAAUGAACAAUGAUCUAAACAUUCACUGCAGAAUCCCAUGUGGGCACCGGCCAAGCGUGAGAUUUGCCAAUUUUGUUGAAGAACAAGUCAUUCCAAUAGCCGGCUCAUCAAAGAAAUAGUUGCGAAGUAAAAGAGGAAAAUACUGCAACAGCAGCUGCAGUGCUUUUGUUGUCAUUGUUGCUUUGUAGUUAGCUUUGAUGACAUCCCGUUCCAUACUAAGUAGCUGCUGAUAUCAAUAUUGGAAUCAUUGUACACAAACAGCAUUAGAACUUGUCCACAUUUUGUCCACGUAAGAGAAAAUCAAGCAUCCUAUUUUAAUGAGAUUGAGAAGCAGGCGAAGAACAAUGUUUCAAUAUCUGUAUUUGGGGAAAUAUAGCUAUCACAAAAACUUCUACAUUCGCAGGUAUUAUUGUUAAGGGUUUGCUUCUUUUUCUUUUCUUAAAGCUUGUAUAGUUAUGUAGCACCGGGUUAGCUUGAGUAAAAGAAUGUUCCUUUGUGGCA